AUGGCUGCCUGUGACCUGGACAAUACCCAUGACAGCCUGCACAGGCUGCUGCGACAGCGCAUGGCGUGCAGCAACAUGCUUCACUGCGACAGCGGCUACAGCUCCGCUAACCACUCCAGACAGACGUCCCUUGACUCGAGCGCCGCGGUGGAGGUCGAGCCGUCCGCGUCACGCCUCCUUGGCACCGCGGAGGCGGUGCCGGCAGGCUGCGACUGGCCGCGGCGGCCGCCGCUCGAGGUGCCUCCCAGCACGGACUUCGUCUUCACCCGACUGGAGAUUGGACGGGCGCGGCGGCCGGCACCGUUCGUCCGUCUCUCGGACGAGCUGGCGCUGCGCGUGUUCUCGCAUCUGUCGGCGGACGAGCUAAGCCGGUGCGCGCGCGUCUGCCGGCGCUGGCGCCGGCUGGCCUGGCAGCCGUGCCUCUGGAGCGACAUCAGGCUGACGGGCGGCUGCGCUGACCCGGACGGCGCCCUCGGCCACAUCUUCCGCCUGCUGGGAUGUGACCGGCUGACCCGUGUCCAGUCUAGCUCGGCGGCCGGUCGUCUGCGUCUGCGGCACCUGGACCUGUCCGGCUGCGGCCGCCUGAACGGCACGCUGGGCCUGGUGGCCGGCCGGUGCCCGGCUCUGCGCGAGCUCAGCGUGGGAGACUGUCCCCGGGUAACGGACGCGGGCGUGCGCCGGCUGGCCCCGCUCGGGCCUGGCCUGCGCCACCUCAGCCUGGCGCACUGCCGGACUGUCUCGGACGCUGGCGUCGCGCAGCUGGCGCUCAGCUGCCGCCGUCUGCGCUACCUGAACGUGCGCGGCUGCGCAACUGUUGGCGACGCGUCGCUGGCGGCGGUGGCGCGCGGCUGCCGACGGCUGUGUGCGCUCGACGUCGGCAGGAGUGACGCGAGCGACCUGGGUCUCCGGCUGCUCGCGCAGCACUGCCCGGACCUGAGGAGGCUCAGCGUCAGGGGCUGUGAGAUGGUGAGCGACGCGGGGGUCAGGCUGGUCGCCCUCCACUGCCGCGGCCUGCGGCAGGUCAGCGUGCAGGACUCGGCUGUGACGCUCGAGGGCUGCCGCACGGUAAAGAAGUACUGCAAACGCUGCACCAUCGAGCACUCCAGACCCGGCUUCUACUGA